AUGUCUCAAAGGUAUCACUUCAUACCAAUAUAUCACUUAACAGUUCUGGCUUCGUUCCCAGGUAAUGCUUAUAAUCAGAACAAACUAGUUGUCAACAGCCAUUAUGAUAGCAGAAAGGAAGAGAAACUGAUCCUUGCCAGAGUUAACCAAAAAGAAAAAAGAAAAAGAAAGCAAAAACAAAGCAAAACCCUUCAACGUUCAAGGGGACAGAAAACAAUACCCAUGAAGGUUAUAAACAUCAGAGACUUUGAAAGAAAGAACCAUUCAGCUAUGAGGGAAUUUGUGUUAUUAGGCUUAACACAGUCUCCUGAAAUACAAAGAAUUCUAUUCUGGUUAUUCACACUUAGCUAUGUUGCAGCUCUGAUGGGUAACUUCCUGCUUAUAUUUAUCAUAUGCACUUCUAAGAAACUUCACACUCCAAUGUAUUUCCUCCUUGCCAAUCUCUCCUUGGUGAAUGCACUCUCCAUCACAACUACAACUCCCAAAUUGCUGCACACUCUUUUCUCACACAGAUAUACCAUCACAUUUUAUGGCUGCAUCAUUCAGGUCUAUUUUUUCAUAUUGUUCCUGGUGACAGAACUGAUGUUGCUCACCAGUAUGGCUUUUGAUCGUUUUGUUGCUAUCUGUUACCCAUUGCAAUAUACACUGAUCAUGAGGAAAGAAUUGUGUGCUGCAAUAGCGGUUGGAGCAUGGGUUUUAGGACUGACAAACACUACAGUUAACUCUGGGCUUCUCCUACAGCUGUCCUUCUGUGAAUCCAAUAUUAUCAAUCAUUUCUUCUGUGAUGUGCCUCCAGUUUUGAAGUUAUCAUGCUCAGAUACCAGCUUCAACGAAACAAUGGCUUUUGUGGCAGAUGUAGUUUUUGCUGUUUUUAGUUGUGGACUGACCCUAACAUCAUAUGGAUUUAUUAUAAGGGCCAUCUUCAGAAUUCGUUCCACUGAAGGGAAGAAGAAAGCAUUCUCCACCUGUUCCUCCCAUCUUAUUGUAGUUAGUUUUUACUUUUCAGGAGUCAUCUACACAUAUAUCAGGCCCACUUCAGUCUAUUCUUUAAACAGAGUCAAAUACAUUUCCCUCCUUUAUUCAGUGGUAACCCCAGUUAUUAAUCCAAUCAUAUAUUCACUAAGGAACAGAGAAGUAAAAGAAGUUCUCAAAGACUUUAUUGGAAGAGGUAGAAUGUUUUAA